GUGCCCGGUUAGCUCGCCGCCUCGGCCCAUUCGCACGAACUUGUAGUUCGGAGGUUGAUUCUUUUUUAGUUCUUACCAGUUACCACCAUCACAAUCCAUGUCUUUUCAAUUCAUUCUACGGUAUUUGCCCCCUUGUAAUUUUAAUUAUCUAUACACAAUUAUUCCUAAAUCCUAACUUUCAAUUUUCUUCCGUUUUUCUUCUGUUCAUAGUUGUUGAUGCUACUAUCAUCUUCUAGUACUUUUUUUUGUUGAUUUUUGUGUUACCAGAUCCUUCGUGAUAUAUGGUUUGACGAGCUUUGAACGUUGCAAAUGGAAGUUGGGCCAAACAUUAGCGUGGUUUUGUAGAAGCUCGAUGCAGUUGAAUGAUUGUGAUGCUUGACUCAUAUUAGUUGCUGAAUUUCCGAGUCUGUUGCUUGAUUGGCAUCAGAAUCCAUGUCCAAGAUUAUGGAUCUUAAUGGUAUGAGUGAUGAGACCUCUGACCGAAGGAUAUAUGUUGGUAACAUUGAUCAUAGGAUUUCCGAGGCAACUUUGCUAAAGAUGUUCUCUCCAUUCGGAAAGAUAGAAUCGGAGGACUUCUUGCUGCACACCCGCGGACCCAAACGAGGAGAACCACGUGGCUUUGCUUUUGUUCAGUAUAGCACAAAAGAGGAAGCUAGACUAGCUAGGGAGAAGAUGCAUGGAAGAUUGGCUUGUGGACGCCCUUUGAUUAUACGGCUCGCCAGCGAAAAAUCUGCUGCUGAAACAGCAGAAAGUUCACAGAAGCUUGCCGGAGUUGUGAGCAGAUCAGGUCAUUCAGGCAGUACAUCUGGACAAAUGAGCCGAAGUGCAAAAAUAGCGGCAAUAAAGAACAAGUUGAAGGUUAUUGAGGAGGAUGGCCAUAAAGCAAAGAAGCAGAAGCAAGCUGAGCACAUCUCUUCAUAGCUUUUAUUAUUUCUCGAACAUUAGUUUCUUACCUUCAUCCUUUGUUAGUUGAAGUGAGUGUCACUAAUGCACAGUGUCGGAGCUACCUUAGAGCCCACGGGGUCACGUGCCCUUAGGCUUUUUUAAAAAAAAUUUAAAGUAGACUUUUCUAUUGGUAAGAGUAAAAGUGUAAAAUUAAUACUGAAGUCUUUUGAUGACAAAUACUUCCUCAUUUUAAUAAUUUUGUCUUAUUUAUUUAUUUGAUCUCAUUUUUUUAAUU